UCUCUCUCCCUCUCCUCUCUGCUGCUAUUCUGGGAAGUGGCGUUUGGAAUAACCCCCGUGUGCGAACGAGUGUGUGUGUGUGCGUGUGUGUGUGUCUCCUGAUUUCACCCUCUCACACGCACACAUAGCCUACACACUCAUCACAACACAGUCAGACGCACACAUUGACUGGCUGUCUGACUGCAGUAUAGGCUAGAGGAGCUCCGGCAGCAGAAACCCGGUCGGAAAGGAUUCCGAUUCCAUUUUUACGCGCAACUUUUUUCCCCCUUCCGUCGGCGACGUUUUCCACCGCUUCCCCUCUUCGACUCGUGUGGAUUUCUAACAACUGUUCUCCCGGCUUGGUUUCUACUAACGGACAACCAGCGAAGGUGUCAAGCCCGCCCGGAAUCGGAUCUCCUGUCACCGGGGGUUGCUUGUUGUCAUUAUCGCGCGGAGACGCGCAGCUGGAGCGCAGACGGAAGCGGCUGUGACCAGUUUGUGGACUGGACCGGAGGACAGCUACAUCAGGAUGGCCACGCGAGGAAUCUUUCUGAAACCGAACUGAGCACGUACAGACAAACAGGUCUUUUGGUGAGAAAACUGGAAGACUUUUGAAGCUAAAGAAAGGAUCUACAAGCACUUUUCCUUACAGAAAAAUCACUCAAGGAUUCUUCUGUCGUUAGAUGUAAACUGGACAGAAAACAACGCAUAGCAACAUUAGUGUUUACACAAUGGCAAAAGGAGAGAAACAUUUCUGAUGUUAUCCACUAAAGCUCCCCUUUUAUUUCCACUUCCUGAUUCCUGUUUCCAGCCUGGCUUUACAAUCAGUCUAUUUCAGCAAUGGACGGGUACUUCCUGUUUCUGUGAACUUGUUGGCAGCCCUCAAAGGUUCAGCUAUCAUGCCUGGUAGUUGUGGGACCUUGUAACCCUCCAGAACCCACCCUCCCAACUCCCCCACCACCCCCUCUCUCCUCCCUCUUCUAAACCCACAGAAGAGCUUCACGAAAAUGGAGGCUCGUGAAUCAGCUGCCGCGGGGCAGAGAUGCUCAAAUAAGGAACCAGUGAAGGAGAAGGCGCUUCUGCAAAGAAAGUGGGCGUCCGAGCCCUCUGCUACCACCAAGCGAAACACUUUUGCUGACCCAGAGGCAAAACACCGUGAGAGUUUGCCUUGUGGGAAUUCUGGGAAGCUGCUAACUGGACCUUCUGCAGUUGGGGCCAUGGGAGGCCCGCCAUCUCAAGACCCCCAAGGGCCGUUUCCUCAGGGGUUCCCAAGGGGAUACUCCUACCAGCUCGGCCAGCCGUACCCUCAGCACCCCCAAACUGAGCGCUUCCUCUCAGGAGCCAAACCCCAGCCAGGUCUAGAGCCUCAUGCCUGGCCAUUUGCUGGCCAGUUGCCCUCGGAUGACCUGUACCCUGUAGGACACCCAGGACACACUCAUCCUCAUGGGGCUGGGGGAGGGAGGUUUCCCCGCCAGAAAUCUCCCAGUUUACCCAGCUCCUUCGGACAGUAUUCUCAGUCAGGCCCUGAGCCUGGAGAGGAGGGCUAUAGCAAAAAGGAGCAGAAGCCGAAAAAGCCUGGUAAGUACAUCUGUCACUACUGUGGACGAGCUUGUGCCAAGCCCAGCGUCUUGAAGAAGCACAUCCGCUCACAUACUGGUGAGAGGCCAUAUCCUUGUGUACCCUGUGGCUUUUCCUUCAAAACCAAGAGCAACCUUUACAAGCAUCGCAAGUCCCAUGCUCAUGCCAUCAAGGCUGGACUCGUACCAUUUUCAGAGCUAGCUGUGGCCCGCAGCGGGGACAUGGACCAGGCAUCCCCAGUGGGCGAGGCCGAGGUCCACUCAGAUGGAGAGCAGAGUACCGACACAGACGAGGAAGGUGUGGAGGGCUCCACCAUGCUGACGGACAAAGAUAGUCCCAUCCCGCAGAUCCCCUUUGAAGCUGACAAGAAUACAGGUGGUGUGGAACCAGCAUAUGCAGACUCAGCCGAAGAGCUGCCGGUCGGGUCUAUAAAAGUGCCUAUCCUUAUUGUCCCAAAGCCUGGGGGAGUCCCCUCCACAGGGAUGGAGUGCCCACCCUUUCAGGACAUAAAGGGGUCACACCACAUGUUCUCAUCACAUGCUGGCAUUAGAGCGCACUCACUGGAUGACUCCCCUACCAUCAAAGAACGUUUGGCCCUGAGGCUGAAUGAGAAAAAAGGUCAGGAGUCUGACUCUGCCAUGACCCAGUCCCUGAACCUCCUCAGUCCUCACAGCAAAGGCAGCACAGACUCUGGCUACUUUUCACGCUCUGAGAGUGCAGAUCAGCAGAUCAGCCCUCCAAAUACUAAUGUAAAGACGUACGAAGAGAUUAUGUUUGGUCGGACUUGGUACUACCGACCCAACUCCAGAUCCCGACAGUCUAUCGCAGUGGGCAUGGCAGGGGCGGACCCCAGCCUAGCUAGCUUAAAGCAACCAGGUGCUAUUUUAGACAUGGGGAAGAUAGCUGAGGAUCCUAUCUGUUUCAGAGGUGAUGUAGGAAUCUCUGGAGAUCCUAAGCAAUAUCCAACAGGACCCUGUCAAAGCAGUACAGGCCUUCUGGAGCUUCCAUCAGAUUCCGGGACCCUCAUUAGGAGUAACUCCAUGCCAACUUCUUCCCCUCCUAACCUUAGUGUCCCCCCAGCAAUUCGAGGCAGCCACUCUUUUGAUGAGAUGAUGACGACAGAUGAUGUGUUUUACCCACCAGGGCGCAGACUCAGGAGACAGGCUGCAUUCGAACAUUCGGCCAAUGAAGCCCAUGUAGGAGAGGCUGAGGGCUAUGGACACAUGCCCAAGAAUUUAGCUUCAUCUCUGGGUAUGAAGAUUGCUGAGCGCAACCCAGGAGUCCCAGGAGUCCAGGAGCACAUUGCCUACAGCCCACAUGGUACUAAAGUUAGCAUGUCAGAAAUAGCCACAAGAAAAAGGAGGAAAGAGAAGAGUGUUGGGGAUGAAGAGGACAGCCCUGGGCAUGACAGUAGCUGUAGCGGUUCAGUGGAGAUGAUAGGGGACUAUGAGUUUAAAAAAGGUAGUAUUGAUGGGUCGAGAGGCACCCCAACAGGGAAAGGCUCUCUUUACAGUGCUCACAGCCAGUCUGACAGCUUUGAUACCUGUGCCAGCAUAUGCUCUGAGGACAAUGUACUGUUUCCUGACUCUGAGGGCAGGAAGACAGCUGGGAAUGUCAUAUCGGUUAUCCAGCACACCAACUCCCUCAGCCGGCCAAAUUCCUUUGAGAAGUCAGAGUCCUUUGAGCAGCCAGGAUACCAGCCUUCAGAUAGAGCUCCAUCUAGCCAGUACUCUGAACAGUCCGACACAGAGAUCUUUGAAGAUGCUCUGAGUCCUGAAUCUGCCCUACUGAGGACAGAGAGCAUGGAGCAGCAGCUGCAAAGUGACAGUGACCUGGCUUCCCUCUCAUCUUCGUCAGCCGCAGCAUCACCUGGCCAGCCUUAUCACAUCCCACACAAGCUAGUCCGACAACCCAACAUCCAAGUUCCUGAGAUCAGGGUGACGGAGGAGCCAGACAAGCCUGAGAAAGAUGCAGAAGCUUCGAUGAUCAAGGAGCCGGAGAAGCAGCCGCAGCAUGUGGAGGAGUUCCAGCUGCCACAGAGGAGUGACACACUCGCCCAGAUGCCAUCGGAAAAGCUCCCACCCAAGAAGAAGAGGCUGCGCCUGGCAGAUAUGGAGCACUCAUCAGGGGAAUCAAGCUUUGAGUCAACCUGCACCAGCCUUUCUCGCAGCCCCAGUCAGGAGAGCAACCUGUCCCACUCCUCUUCCUUCUCCAUGUCCUUUGACAGAGAGGAAGGCCUCAAGUCUGUCUCACCCACCAAACAGGAUGACUCGUUGGCAUCUGGUGGUGGACCUAAGCAGUCGGAGUUCCUGACGGUACCUGGCAGUGGUCAUUCCAGCCACCACCAGCAGAGGGAGAUGAGAAGGUCUUCCUCGGAGCAGGCGCCAUGCACGCUGCCGACAGAGUUGCCUGAAAUGCGCAGCAAAUCAUUUGAUUAUGGGAGCUUGUCCUCCUCCAGACAGGGAGAGAUAUACUCCAGUGCCUCUGCAAUGAAAGAACGCCGGCGUGGCUAUCUUGUCCGACAGGCAUCCCUGAGUGUUUAUCCAGAGGCAGUCGUCCAGGAACUAGGGGGUGCUGAGAUGUCAAUCAAACAGGAGAGUCUGGAACAUGGGGCAUGGCCUGGCCCAACAGGAUCCCCCCACAGCAGCAGCGACGUAGCCAGCAGAACCAAGAGAGUUAGCAGUAGCGCUGGUGGUGUAGGCUCUCACCAACACCAACAGCACCACCAGCAUCUCCUCCAGCACAGUAUCAGUGAGGACAGUCUGCAGGAAGAACCUCUCUACGGCAGGUCCAAUCAGCAUCGCCUGCAGGCCCAGGGCUCGUCAUCGGAGGGAGAAUAUCCAGGUCACGAGGUCAUGAACAAGGAAGUAAUCCAGCAGUACCCGAGUGGUCCUCCUUUCCUUUCCUACCAGCAACCAGGUCUGUUCUGGAGUCAGGAGGCCAGUCAGGCAUCCAGACAGCAGCUGACCCUCCAGGCCCAGCAGCAACUCCAAAAACUCCACAUCCGAUCACCAGGCUCCCUGUCUGGACACCCACUCCACAAACAACCACCGCUCCACUCCCUGCAUCAAAUCCACGAUCAGCAGCCACAUGAAGGGAAAUCAGAAAACCCUGGCUCUCAAGUGUACCCUGCAUCUUUCUCAUCUCGCACCUCUCCAAUGUCCCAGCAACAACAGCAAAACUUUGCUUCUCUCUCCUCCAAGCACUCCCUGAUCACUUCCACCUCCGCCUCCAUGCUUCUGCAGCAGGUCCAACCUGUCUUUGCCACCCAGAACCUGGGCUCCCAGUCCUCUCUGCCCGGUAUGACGGUUCCUGUGCGGAUUCAAACCCAUGUGCCAUCCUAUGGUAGUGUUAUGUACACCAGUGUUAGCCAGCUGAUAGCCACACAUUCAGCCAGGCCGGGCAUUGCUGACAGCAGCAACAUGUCGUCUCCAGUGUGCGCUGUGAGUGCCAGCAAACCACCUGGAGGAAUUGGAGGAGGCAUUAACGGGACAGGCUUCAACCUAUCACACUUCCUCGGACAGAUGGAUGGCGUGACGCUGCGCUACCCAGCCUGGAAGGUUCCCGAUUCACUACCAGAGAAAUUCCUGAAUACAGGCAUCCCACUGUCACUAACGUCAGGCACCAUAUCCACAACAGAUGCCUCGGGAUCGGGCGUCGGAGGCAGCAAGCGCAUGCUUUCCCCCACCAACUCUCUGGAGCUCUUCAUCGAGACUAAGCAGCAGAAAAGAGUGAAGGAAGAGACGAUGUAUGGACAGAUUGUUAAGGAGAUGAGUGCAGUGGAGCUGAGUGGAACUGAAAGCUGUAGCAAACCUGAAAAGGGGCAGGGCAGAGGUCAGCGAGCUUGCCUGAAGAGCGAAGGCUCCAUGGAUGAUUCUGAAAGGAUGUCCUCUUCUCCUCCACUAAGUGACUUCCCAGUUGCUACCAAGAUAGCCAUUCCUGUCCGUUCCUCUGCCCCUCACCUCCCUGAUGUUCCCCGGGCCGAGAGCUUCACUCCUCCUCUCCAGAUUGUCACAGACCGUUCCCCAGUUUCAGGUGGUCGGGACUCCCCAGAGGAGCUCGAUGUGGACGAUUCAGUCCCAGAGCCCAGCUCCAGCCCCCAGUCCAUGGUGUCCUCCAACGACGCAGAUGACACUGACAACACAAAUCAGCCUACACCCAAUAAAAUUCCUGUCAGCAUGCGGGUCCAGCUAGCUGCCAAACAAAGCGCAGGAUCAUCCGAAGCAGUGGGCCAGACUUUGCUACUCACGGAUGUGGCUGAGCAGUUUUUCCAGUUCCCAAGCCUGCGUACUAUGAGCCGAGUCAGCUGGUGUUUCCUGAACUACACCAAACCCAACAGCACCCAAACUGCCUCGCAUAGCUCUGUCUACAACUCGUGGUGUGUAAGCUCAUACAACCCCAAUCCUCUGAAUCUUAGCACCAAGGCUGCGCUGGCCCUGCUGAGGUCCAAACAGAGGAGAAACACCGAUUCCAUGUACUCAACUGCAGCCAUGUCGCCACCCAGCUCUGGAAAGCUGGUGUCAUCUGUGGCCUGGAAGCUGAGGUUUGAUCAGUUGAAACCAGAGCUGAUGCCAGUUGAUGUUGGUAAUUAUGGGAGGAAGAUGAAGGGAGUUGUGUCGUGGGACCGUUCGAAGGAGGAGCAGGUAGAGAAGGAGGUCUCGGUCAAACAGCCUGCCACUGAACCGACCCGCAUCAAGAUCUUCGAAGGCGGGUACAAAUCCAAUGAGGACUAUGUUUACGUUCGCGGCCGCGGUCGGGGAAAAUACAUCUGCGAAGAGUGCGGCAUCCGCUGUAAGAAACCCAGCAUGCUGAAGAAACACAUCCGAACGCACACCGACGUCCGGCCGUACGUCUGCAAGUUCUGCAACUUCGCUUUCAAGACGAAAGGAAACCUGACAAAGCACAUGAAGUCUAAAGCUCAUAUGAAAAAGUGUCUGGAGUUGGGAGUCUCCAUGUCUUCUGUUGAGGAUAACGAGGCAGAGGAAGGAGAUGUCGGAGAGGAAGGCCAGAGGUCUGAGAAGAUGUCCCGCGGCGCCAUGGCAGAGCACCAGUUCUCAGACGCCGAUGACUCGGACGGCGGCGAGGACGAUGGCGACGAGGUGGACGACGACGAGGACGACGAGGACGACUACGACGGCGACUCCACGCCGAAGACCCGCUCGCGCUCAACCAGCCCGCAGCCGUACAGCCUGCCCGCCGUGUCCAUCACGGCCGUGGCAUCCUCCCAUCCCGCUCCACACCUCUCGCAUCCCUCGCCAUCGGACCUCCUGGGCAACACCCACAAGCCCCCGCUGUUUGGCUACUUCACCACCGUGCCGAGCAUCCAGAUCACGCCGCAGGCUCCACCUGGCGACCGCGGCCAGGAGGAGUACCAGCGAGGCCUGCAGCGGGCGCUGGGCAGCCGGCUGCUGGCUCCGCCCUCCUCCUCCUCCAUGGAUGAAGACCUCCCAGACCUCUCCUCGCCCUCCUCCCGCCUGUCCUCGCCCGGGCCGGAUCACUCCGGCUGCCCGUCCCCGAUCUCCCCUUCCUCCUCGCCCUCAGCGCGUCGAUACCUCUCCCCACGCCGGGACCUCUCGCCCCGCGCCGGACACCUCUCCCCCCGGCGGGACAUCUCUCCUCUGCGUCACAUCUCGCCCAAGAGGGACCUGGGGGCAGGGGGCGCUUACAGGCGAGACCUCUCCCCCCGGAGGGGACACCUCUCGCUGCUCUCGCCCCUCUCUCGGCCCACAUCUCCAGCAGGAAGAGACUACAAGCGUGACAUGUCGCCACGAGGCCGCCACAGGGCCAUGAUCCGGCCUGUUUCUCCUCGCCGAGGGCUCCACCAACACCUCCACCACCAAAGCCAGCAGAGUGGAUCGCGGGGUCUCAGGCCGGCUCACCAGGCCGGGGUGCUUGGUCCGGCAGAGCUGGGACGUCGCAGAACCAGCGCAGAGAUGCAGAUGGAACAUUGUCUGGGCUCGGCAUCGCCAGGGCAACGGGAGUCCAGUCCACCUCACCAGGUUCUGUUCAGUCACCUUCCUCUCCACUCUCAACUCCAGGUGCGUUCGCCGUUCCCGAUGAUCCCCAUCGGCGGGAUCCAGAUGGUACACUCCGUCCCCGCGUCCGUCACCUCCGCUCUGGGCCAGCAGGGGGCACAGCAGGUCGCCUCCCGCCUGCUGCUGCAGAAGAGCACCUCGGAGGACUCCACCGCCAGCGACGCCGCCUCCCCCCAUUACACCUCCUUCAGCGAGAGGGGGGCUCAGAGAGGGGGAGGGGCAGCGGGAGGAGGUGAGCAGCCGAGGGGGUCGACUUCCCCUCACCCGUCUUCGCAGGAGAGGGAGGGAGGAGGGGUGAGGAAGGAGCAGGAGGAGAGCAUCCAGACCUGCACUAACGCCAUCGCCUCGCUCUGCAUCGACUCCAGGGAGCUCGCCGAGAGAGGCGGAGGAGGGACUAAAGAUGGAGGCAGACCUUCCUCCUCUGCUUCUGCGCCGUCCCACGACUCCCAGCAACAGCGGCGCUCGCCAUCCGUCUCCAUGUCGCCGCCGUCUCCGCACCCUUCGCCGUCUCCUCCACAGGGUCCCGGGAUUCAGCACUUUAGUGGCGGCCUGGAGCUCAGGCCUCCCCAGCCAUCGUCAAUCCCUGCCACCUCCCCUCACUCCUCCCCCUCCUCCUCCUCCUCCUCUCCUCACCCUCCCAGCCCCGGGGCUGAAACCCUCCAGCCUCCCGUGGCGUCCAAAUCUCUCAAGCCGGAGAGAGACAGGGAGGCCGGAAGCACAAAACGAAGCAAAGACGUGUCGUAGGGCGGCAAAGGAAGAACAGGAGGAGGAGAAACAAUGGAUUAUUUUGUCAUGUUUUUUUUGGAUAAUAGGAAGGGAUGAAGUGCAACUGAGAGAGAAAAAAAUAUACUUUUGCACACUUUACACACAUAUUCAUACAUACAUUAUACACUCUCUCUCUCUCUCACACACACACACACACACACACACACACACACACAUGCAUACAAUGCAUACAAAGAAAAACAGCUCUUGGACAAAUGGACUUCUGCAGUUUAAAGUUAAGUUUGUGUACAGCAUGCCUGUUCUAACCAGGGCCUGCUCUCAGAAAACUUUCUUAUUUAAAGACUUUAAAGAGGAUCUGCAUACGGUUACACAUGUACGGUAACUCCUAACCAACACGAGCCCAACCUGUCUAAAAAAACGGAAAGAAAGGACUCGUACGGUACGUAAAAACAAAAGAAAUCACAAAAAAAGACAGCUACGUGUGUGCCUUUUCUUUAAUCUUUUUUGUUACUUUUGUUGCUUAUAUUCUUAUAAGCACUCAAAGCAGGAAGGUAAAUGUAAAUACAAUACUAUCACAUUUUGCGGAUCAGCUUUGUAAUAAAUGCAACCCCCCCCACCCCCACCUUUCCUUCUCCUUCCUUUCUCCGUCCCCUCUUUUUCCUCCCCCACCUCCUGUGUUUCUUUCCUUUUUUUUUUGGACACCUUAAAGUCUCGACAAGCGAUGUGAAGUUAUGGAUAUUACUAUUACGUACGGUUGCACUAAAACAUAUUUUUAUAUGAGUGAAAUUUUAAAAAUGGCUUUUUUUUGUGUACAGCAGCAAUUCUAUAAUACUAUUUAUUAUUGUUACCAUGUUUCAUAAAUUGUACAUUUUUUUUCCUAAAUGUCGUGGAUGCCUUUUUCUAUGUGAAGCAUGGGUUUUUUGCUAUCGCUUACAUUAGGGCGAGGAUAUGUAUACACUGUAAUAUGGCUUUAUAUGUUAGACCUAUUUAUAUACGUCUAAGUGAGCCCCCUCUUCUUGGAGGUAUAUAAACAUAGAAGUAAGAUUUACCAGAAUAUUUACCCAGCAUAUAAAUACAUACAGUAUAUAGAAUCUAUCAACCUGCCUAUCCAUCUAUCUAUCUCUCUAUCUAGCUGCACUUAACAUGUAAAAUGACAUUCACAUUGAGGUUAUUGUCGUUUGCUUGUACAUUUUCUCUGCUGCUCUUCGCCUGUCCCUGCUUGUGAUUUCUCUUUUUUUUUUUUUUUACUUGCUUUUGUGGUAUUAUUUUAGAUUUUUACGCUGCACAGACUUGCUCUCAGCAUUAAGUGAAUGAACAUGCCUUCUUGCACCGUGGCAUUCUGCUCAAAUUGUUGGUUUUUACCUGAUCGCACCGCCCCUUUCUCCAUACACAUAUACACACACACACACACACACACACACACCACUCCUCCCCAACACCAAUAUAUCAAUGUUUAAAUUAAAGUAAGCUCCGCAUUCUGAUAAAAAAAAAACAACUUUGCUUGAAUGAAUACAGUUUUAUUCGUCGUUUAUAUCUGAACGGGGAAAACAUUCCAGUCCAUGUAAAUAUUCAGUCAACCCCCCUAAACACACACAUACACGUAUAUACUUUUUUGUUUUGUUGCAUUGACGCACAUUGUGGCCAUGGCAAUCAACCCACCGCAACUCUUAUUUAAUGGCUUUAUUCCUGGGGACACGUAUACAAACACAUACACCAAACUCUCUGGCAAAUGCACCUUAUAUUUCUUAGGAUCUCUGCUAUGAAAAGUCCCAGCACUCUGAUCAGUUUGUUUUUUUUUAGCAGCAAACUUUGAUUGAAAUUGAAAGUGUUUAGGAGGAAAGCUGCUCUGCACUCUGAAACCCCCAAAACUGUCUGACAAAAAUAAUCCUAAUGAUACAUUUAACAGUUGUGACAUUGAGGCUUUCUGCACUGCUUUUUGUUCUCCUCUCCUCGACAUCCCUUUUUCGUAGCUAAGCAAUAUUUAGCCAAAACUCUGCUCAGCAGCAGGGAGUGUGUUUGUUGCAAGGCAACAAUAAUCGUUCUUAAAAAAAAAAAACUAAAAUCAGGAGACGGAGGGAGAACUUGGAGGUUGUGUGUGUGUGUGUGUGUGUGUGUGUGUGUGUGUGUGUGUGUGUGUGAUUUCAGUGGCGCAACUCUUUUCUCUUUUGACAGUUUUGGGUGGAGUCGGGCAGGCUGCAAUGUGAGUGUGUAUCUCUGUACUCUGUAUCGGUGUGUAUUCCACCAGUAUAUCCUCUUCUUACGACUUUUUUCUAUUUCGAUCCUCCUUCUGUUAUGUACACUUAUGAUGACAGCGAUGUCUUUAAAAAAAAAAAAAAUUAUCUCUUUCUCUCUUUCAAAGAUAUCAAAGCACAAGUCAUUGUAUAGAAAUGACAACAAUACAAAAAAAAGGACAAAAAAAAAAGGUAAACGUGCAUUUAAAAGGGUAACUUUUGUGAUGGUGUUCUGUGGAAUUAAUACAUAUAUCAUGUAUGACCCCAGUGGCAAAGAGGAAUCGCAGUAGAAGUGGAAAAAUGGAUUGUUGUUUUCAAAUAAAUAUGAAUAGAAUCAUG